AUGCAACUUGGCCGGCAACUUAGCGGAGAAUCUGCAGCCUCAAAGGCGUACGCACUGAAGCAUUUCCCAAGUACUAAGCUCUACGAUCCGGAAUUUGAAAGUGACAGACCGAAGCCCACGGUAGGCGCUCCAACCCGUUCUUCUGUGGUUGAGCCGACACGUGGAUACUUGGAAUUUGCUAUUCCGUCGGAACGUCUUCCACACAAAUUCGAUCGAUCGAAUGGCCACGCGAUUCCUUCGGCAUACAGUGCUUUGCACCCGUCUCCGAGUGUUCCAGCAGGUGUGAUAAGGUUGGUUUGCGGCUUCUACUAA